AUGUCAUCUUCUUCCGAGAGUGGAGUAUCUGACACAGUGGACCCUAUGGCCAUAGUCUCGGAUGAUGAGAUAGCCACAGACCCUGAGGUUUUUACAUCUGAUACUACAAAUGACGACGAUGAUGAUUUUCAGCCGUUCGCUUUACCAGAUUUCGGAGACGAUAUACCUAUAGCUGAUGGUUUUCCUGAUGGGGAUCUACUUCUUGUUCCGAUCCCUGCUCCUUUUCCUCUUGCUGCAUUUCCUCUGGAGGAUCUGCCUCUUGAUGCUAUGUUUGACGACAAAAUCGAUCAUUUUAUCGAGGGUCCCCAUGAGGAUGCCCAGGAUGGUGAGGCUCCGGUUGAUGAUGAUGUUGCUAUUCCGCUUGCAGAGAUUCCAGUCGAUGAUGACAUUGUUGCACCACUUGUCGAGGUCACAGUCGCUGAUAUCAUUGCUAUUCCGUUGGUCGAGAUUCCUGCCGUUGAGAUUCCAUCUGACCAUUCUGGUCCUGACUCAUUCGAGUCCGUAUCAUCUGCUACUUUACACGCACGGGGCGUGCAACAUUAUCCCAUUGACACUGAUUCCGACACAGCGAUGUCUGCCGCACCUAUCUUUCCACACGACUUUGACCAAGAUCAUGAGAUUGAGUUUGUACUUGACGAGCAGCCUUUUGAGGCACCUGUCAUUCCUGACGAUCAGCUCUUUGAUAUACCCGUUGAUCUUGAGUAUGCUCCAGCUGACCCUGAGUCUGAGAUUGCACCUGAGCCUAUACCGGCACAUGAUCCUUUAUCUGAGGACGAUCCAGUACAUGUCGAUGCACCAGCUGUUGCACCACCGCUACCUGACCCGAUCCCUACACUUAUUGAUCAUGCUCCUUUUGCUACCCAUGUACACCCCAGAUAUGCUCACACCCGCAAUGGGUGGAUCGAGGACGAUGACGACUAUCCUCCUUUUGUUAGACCCGUUACUCCCCCACCUGCAUCUACCCAGGCACCCGUUGAUACCGUCCCAUUUCACCCACAUGAGUCUGACACUCACCGCACAGAUCUACCAGUCACAUUUCUUCAGGAAAUCCCUCCUCCCCGUCCGGGAGGACCAUCCAGUCAGCAGCCCAGUCACACACCACCUGUGUCAGCAGCCGAUCAUUUCAUGCCACAGUCUACACACACUGAUCCUUUUGCGUCUGCACCCACGGGCGAGCCACUUAUUUGGUUUCCACCCAACGUGAUGCCUAUAUCUGAUCCAUACCAUCCCUUCCACAUUGGAUACUCGAGGGAUGAUCUGCUUUUGUCACUCAGCUCCAGCAGGAGAUGCUGUGUAGGAGAGUCAUGGAGCUAG